AUGAAGCUCCAGCUCCAGCUCUGGGCUCUAGCGGUUCCUCUCUGCUCUGCCUACGCAAUCCAGGACAUCCUCCACGACCUCAAGGACAUAGAAAACGAAGUGUUCAGAUCCGAUGCCGAAAACCAACUCGACAAGGCCCUCGAGUCUUCCCCCACAUUUACCCCCGCAAAAAUCAUCGAUGGCGCCGAGAUCCACAAAUACUUGGAUAACCUCAACUUCAACAGUGACACCAACUGGAUAAAGUCCUUCUUCGCCAGCCACCCCUUCGACUCCGUCACCAACGCCCCAUCAACCCUCGUCGACGACAUCAAGACCGAAGUGAAAGCCGAAACAAACCCACAUGCAUCCGACAAAACAAUCUACCAGCUCAUCUCCGAAAGCAAAUACACCACGAUCCUCGCCAAGAUCAUCGACGAAGACUCCGAGCUCGCUUCGUUCCUCAACUCGACUGAGCAUAAAAUCACCGUCUUUGCCCCGACGGACGAUGCAUUCCGCAAGAUCCCUCAUCAUCACCGAGACCAUGACCAUGACGGCCAUGACGAAAGAGAUGGCGGAGACGACGACGGCGAUCACCGCAUCCCGAAGGAACUAAUCCGUCUCUUUGCGCACUACCACUCCUCGCCAGAGGUCCUCACAGCCGCAGAGCUCUUCCACGCGCAUACAAUCAACAGCGCACUCAACGAGUCUCUCCUCGGCGUUGACGAGAACGGCGACGGCCUCCCGCAGCGUCUUGCCGUGCGCGCUGGAUUUAAGGGUCUAACAAUCAACUUCUAUAGCCACAUCGUUGCGGCAGAUAUUGGCGCAUCCAACGGCCUAAUCCACGGCCUCGACAGCAUCCUCCUCCCCCCACCACGAACCCUGCUCGUCCUCGACAUCCUCCCAACAAUCUUCUCAACCUUCAACCUAGCCCUAACAAAAACCUCCUUAACCGCAUCCCUGAACACAACGGCCCAAGAAAAAGCACACGGGUUCACCCUCUUCACCCCCUCAAACCGCGCGUUCGAGCGCCUAGGCCUCCGCAUUAACGCCUUCCUCUUUUCCCCGCAUGGCCUCCCAUACCUGCGCGCCCUGCUAAAGUACCACAUCGUGCCGAACCAGACGCUCUACAGCGACGUCCUGUAUAAAGACGGGCGCAUCAGGCCAUUUGGGAUCAAGGGGUCGACGCAUCUUGAUCUGCCGACGUUGUUGGAGGGCCACGAGAUCAGCGUUGAUGUGGCGCGCUUUGGACCGUAUACUGGGUUCAAGGUGAAUGGGUGGCAGCGCGUGGCGUUUGCGGAUGGGCUGGCGAGGGAUGGGGUGAUUCAUGUUUUGGACCAUGUGUUGAUUCCGCCGAGGAGGGUGGAUGGGCAGACUGAAUCAGGUGGGGUUGGAGAGGAGGGGGGGUUGGAGCUUGAGGAGUUUAUGGAGAGGUUGAGGCCCUAUGUUGAGGAUGGAGAAGCGGAAGAUGACAUUCAUGGUGAUCUAUGA